AUCUUGUAACACUCGGAAAGUGAAGUUGGAUUGUUAAGAAGUUAAGUCUGGAAGAGGAAAAACGUAUUUUCCUGAGUUCAUCUACAGAGAAUACGAUUAGGAAACAUUAAAGACAAACUCGAAAUGGCGAUUAGUAAUGCAGAUGUUUUUGACAGAAAUCUGGAUGAAUCUACAAAACAGACAGAAGGGAGUGAAGGAGCAGAAACGUCCAGCCAUGAUGAAGGGAAAAACCUGCAUGUCCAUGUGAUGAGGAGGAUUUAUUUGGACGAAGAGACAAGGAAGAGUUUGGGAGAAAUACGUUCCUUGUAUGGUUAUGAAAUUCUGUUGCCUAUAUCCAGAGUAGUGGGUUAUCAUGAAUAUGAAGCUAGGAGACGAUUGAAAUUGAAUUCAUUGCCUGAGGAAUUGCGGAGGAAAUUAGAAAGAAUGGCUGAAGCGGAGGCAGGCGUCAAUGAAUUGAUGGGAAAGUUGGAAGUGCUGUUUGAGCUGUUUUUGUACGUUUGUCUGAUACUUGAAACAUCAACAUCAAAGCAAACAAGGAGAAGCAAAGAGGACAAAUGCAUUGUACAUAUAUUGCUUCUCCGAUCUGGAGUUGAGUCGAAUCCCGGCCCAAGGACAUGGAUUGAUUACUUACGUGAAUGGGACAAACCUACAAAAGACGAUUUAAUGUAUCUGUCGGGCCGCAUAGGCAAUGGAUGGAGGCAUUUGGGGGCUAGACUGCGCUUGCGUCAAGCACAACUGGACCAUAUUGAAUAUGACCACAAAGGCAUGCAAAACCAAAUAUAUCACAUGCUGCUUGAGAGCACAAAGUCGGGACUGGAAGCCAGUUUGAAGGAUAUAUUGUUGAUGUUAGACGUUGCUUCGACUGAAUUCACGAUGACAGUCGACUGGGAUGACAUUACUCUUAGAUUUGCAAACAAUGGUCAGGAACAACAACUGAUGCUAAGAGAUGUCGCUAACCCUAUUUUGGCACGGAUGGUCGAUGUCGAGAAUAAAAUUGCUAAUUUACAAGCAGAAAACAGGGAGCUGAAAACAAAAAUUGCCACCCUUGAACGCGUAGCACAAAAGAGAAACGCUGAGGAAGGAGAGACAUCAACUGACGUGAAAAGGGUCAAACAACAGUGAACGUUAUGACAACUUUAACAUCGUUAGUGAGAGAUGAGGAGUAUGACCACGGAUUAAGACGUAAUUUACAUGAUUUUAGUUGUAUCUGUCCGUCUAGUCGCCACCAAGCUUGUUUGAGGUUUGAGAUGAUGGUGAUAAAUGGUUAAGACUUUUUGACACUGACAGCAUUGUAAAUAAUAUUUGUACAAUAUUGAACAUAGUGAGUUUACAUAAUUAGGUCAUCUUAUCAACGGCCGUAUAAUCCUGCGAUCAAUUUGUCUAACGCUUUGUUCUUGCAUGUUGAACGAGAUGUUUGGAAACCGGACUGAUUACACUUGUUUGUAAAUAGUAUAAAUACAAUAAUUGGAUCCAUUCUGAAUUUACUAAUUGGUAUCAUCUUCACAACGAGCGUAUCAUUCUACAAUUUAAUGUGUCUUACUUUUUUCUUUGAUGUUACGAGAUAUAUUUUGAAACCGGAAUGGUUACACCAGGUCGCUAAGCAUUCAUUUUUCAAGAUCUAACAGCAAGCUGUCCUACGUUCUUGAAUGAUACCUAGAAAUGAUUGAAAAAUGAACAUUAACAUGAGUAUUCCUUAGUAAAAUAUGUGAGUUUGAUGUCCUAAAAUUCUUAUAUCAGGUAUUGUUUUGUUGUAUAUGUAUAUGCUUUUUAACUGUACAUAGUCUAAGAAAUGUAUACAGAUUGUAAAGUUUUAAAAUAAAGCCAUACUAAGAAACUGCAACCAAUUUGUAAAAGAUAAUUAGAAAUAUUUUUUUAAACAAUAUAGUUUAAUAACUUUACUACAUUACCAUCAACUGUUUAGAACUUACGUACAAAUGCAACUUACUAAUACGUUGUUUUUUUUAUAAAAUAGAAACAUAUUAUCUACCGCAUAUCUUUGGAUCAUACAACUGUAAAGUAUAAUUGAAAUGUAUAAUUUUCCAGAUAAUAUCGCAUUCAAAAAGAUAUAAUAAAUUGUAUAUUCUUUAUCUAAAUUGAACAUAUGGCGUUACAUUUAGGUAUGUAAUAAGUUAAACAUGUUUUAUCAUUUAUCUUAAAGGUUAGCUUUUUCGUUUGUUAUUUAAUCAGAUUUUAAAUUAUAUGUUGUACUAUAUUUUUCGUUUAGUAUUAAGACAUUAUGUACGCUGGAUAUCAUCUAAAGACGCGCAUUAGUACUUUGCAAAUGACAUUAACACAUGUUUAUUAGCUAAAUGUAUUGAACAAGAAAAGCAAGAUUACUUUAUCUGAUGUUCAGCUCGUGCAUUUUUUAUUUACUUUUGUGCCAUGAUUGUUAAACUAGAGAACUUGGGUUUUUAAACUUAGUUUACACUAGAUAUCCUCGGAAUACACACAUCUAUUAGCCUUUUGAAUAUGACAAAUGUUACAGAUUUAUUAUUUAAAUAUAUUAGAAUGAAUUGGCUUUUAAUAAACAAACUUGGAUUUUUAACAACCGCAAACAGAUAAAAUUACGUGGCCUUAACCAUAAGCAAAGUCCGGUUACCGAUAUCCGAGAAUUCCUACUAAUUAACAUAAUGUUAGCGGUAUUUUACAGAUGUACAUAUCUUAGGUAGCAUGUAUGCAUGUAAUAGUACACAGUAUACAUUGUAUAACGAUUUCAACUGAAGUGUAUUAAAUUGAUUGUAGUAUUUACUUUUGACCUUCUUUAUUAAUAUGCUAAACACUACAUCCUGGUAAUCUCUGAAUUUGUUUGGCCUUUUUAUGAAAUAAUGUAUUAACUACUUUCAUCUAAUAAUCAACGCGUUUUGAUAUGUUGAAUGAAAUUUGACUUUUUGAACAUUGUCUAUUGUGUAUUGAAGACGUUUUAUGUUCAAGUUCAAAUAGACACUCUUGUCUUUCUAUCUUUAAACGUAUGUGAUAUGAGUUGCCUUUUUUGAUAAAUACUCUGGCGAUUUAGUCAUGGCAACUUUAAAUGGAAAACUUCAAAUUUAAAAGAGGCUAUUUUAUAAACGAGCGUAAGCACGUAGGAUUCAAUGUACUUAACUAUUUUCUUACACUCGAAAUUUUGAAACCGGAAUGGUUACACAAGGUUUAAUCUAACGUUGCAAAUGAUUUUGAUUUAAAUUCUUAAACUCGCCUAGCACAUUUUUUUUCCGGAUCGUACAACAGGUUGUCCAACGUUCUUUGUAGAGAUGCUCACAAUAUGAAUAUAAACAUGUGUAUAUCUUAGAAAACAUGUGAGAAUGAUUUCCUAUAAUCAUUAUAACUGGUUUAAAUUUGUGGUAUAUGGAUAUAAUAUUUAAAUGUACGGAGUCUUUAAAAUGAAUACGGACAAUAAAGUUUCAAAGUAUAAACAUGUUAAGAAACCUAAGCCUAUAUUGAAAACGAGCCUUAUAAAAUUUAUUUAAAAUUUAAAACAAAAUGGUUACUUAAUUUUAUAACUUUAUCUUUUUAGUCAUAAACUAGAAACAUAUUAUAAUCUGCAUAAAUUUGGAUCAUAAACCUGUUCUGCAUAAUUAAAAAAUAAUAUCACAAAUGAUAAAUUGUAUACUUUUGUUUAAAAUGAACCUAUGACGUUUUAUUAGUUUAUGUAAUAAGUUAAACAUUUUUACCUUUCAUUUAUUUUAAUAGUUAGCUUUUUUCCUGUGUUAUUUGAUCAAAUUUGUAAUAAUAUGUUGUACCAUAUUUUCCGUUUAAGUGUUAAAUCAUUAUGUACGCUGGAUAUCAUCUUAAGAGACGCAUUAGUACUUUGCAGUUGACAUUAACACAUAUUUAUUAUCUAAAUAUCUUAAACAAUAAAAGCAAGAUUACUUUAUUUGGUGUGCAAGUGUUGUAUCUACUUUUGUGCCGUGAAUAUUCAGAAAAUGUUAAAUUCGUGUACCUUAGUGUUUAGACAAUGUGUACACUAUAUAUCCUCGGAAUACACACAAAAGCACUUUGAAUAAAACAUUUGUCACAUAUUGUAUUAUCUAAAAACGUUGAGAUUUGGUUUUAGGUAAUAGACGUGGUUGUUUGAUAGCCGGAAAUAAAUAUAUCACGUGGCCUUAACCGAGAAUAAGCAGAGUUCGGUUACCGGUAUCCGAGGAUAACUACUAAUGAAACUAUUUUAGAGGUUUUUUACUGAAUGUAUAUAUAUUUUAUGUAACAUGUAUACAUGUAAUAAUACACGAUAUACAUGGUUUAAUGAUUUCAACUUCUGUCUAAAAUUGAUUGUAGUAUUUACUUGGUAAUUCUUUAUCAACAUUAAGAACAUUGUAUCCUCGUUAUCAGUUAAUUAUAUUACCUUUAAUAAAAUUAUAUAUGUUACUACCUUUACUUAAUAGCCAACGCGUUUUGGUAUGCUGAAUAGAAUUUGAUUUUUUUAAAACAUUGUAUUUUGUGUAUUGAAGACAUUUUAUGUUCAAGUCCAAAUAAACACUCUUGUCUUUAUGUCUUUGAAUGUUUGUACUAUGAGUUUGCUUUUUUAAUAAAUACUCCAGAUAUUU